AUGCAGUCCCUGCACGCAGGUGCACUGGUCUUGGUGGCUGCCACGAUGCUGCUUCCCUUGGGCACUGGAGGCCUCUGGGCGCAGCCAGCAGAUGGUACUUCCUCUCGCGUAGAAACUGAAGACCUGAGCGAUCCUCUGCUACAGUCAGAUCAUGCCACAAAGGAAGUAGGAGAGACCGAGUCAGAGGAGGAUGCGGCGCGGGCACCCUUUGCGCUGCAUGCAUUGGAAUUGGGACCGGGGCACUGCUUGAUUUCUUUGGACUUCUGGCUGCUGUUCUUUGUCUGUGCAGUGGGCAUGGGGACGGGGCUGGUGUACCUGAACAACCUGGGCCAGAUGGUGCGCGCCCUGCACGGCCACGGCAGCGCAGCCGUCUACAUCUCCAUCUUCUCUGUUUCCAGCUGCGCCGGCCGCCUGCUGCUCGGGCAUGUGCCGGAGAGGGCGCUGCAUGCUGCCGGCGUGCCGCGGCCGCUCUUCCUGAUCUUUGUGUCGCUGCUGACGGCGGCUGUGGCCCUGUUGUGCGCGUACGCCUCGCUGGCGGCCCUGUACCCGGCUGCGCUGCUGGCAGGGCUGGCCUUUGGCGGCCACUGGAGCCUCGCGCCGGCGCUGGCCUGUGACUUCUUCGGGCUGCGCCAUUUUGCCUCCAACUACUGCCUGCUCCAGCUGGCGCCUGCGAUUGGUGGGUUCGCGCUGGCCACAGAGCUGGCGGGGUACCUGUAUGACCGGACAGCAGCUGCACAAGGGGAGCACCACAACUGCAGAGGGCCCCAGUGCUUCAGGUCUGACGCUGGCAUUCUUGCUGUGUGCAUGUUUGUGCCUCUGCGCAACGGCGGCUGCAUCUGUGCUCUAUCUCAGAAUGCGCCCGUUGUACAUCACAGCGAGGAAUGCCGAUACCACAGAGCAGCGAGGGAUCCCUGA